GUCGAAUCAAAUUCAGAAGAGAUGAAGAUCUUUUGCUGGGUCUGUUUAGUGUUUGGAAUUGUUAGUGUUGGUUCUUUUUCUGAAGAACCCCAGCUCAGCUCUCCUCGAGUUGUUUUCCAGACAAAUUAUGGAGAUAUUGAAUUUGGAUUUUACCCAAGUGUUGCACCCAAAACUGUUGAUCACAUUUUUAAGCUUGUGCGUCUUGGUUGCUAUAACACCAAUCACUUCUUCAGAGUUGAUAAGGGUUUUGUUGCCCAAGUGGCCGAUGUUGCAGGUGGACGAUCAGCUCCCAUGAAUGAGGAGCAAAGAAGGGAAGCUGAAAAAACGAUUGUUGGGGAAUUUAGUGAUGUGAAACACGUGAGAGGUAUUCUUUCUAUGGGGAGAUAUUCUGAUCCGGACAGUGCACAGUCUUCAUUUUCAAUACUUCUUGGAGAUGCCCCUCAUCUUGAUGGGCAGUAUGCAAUAUUUGGUAAGGUUACGAAAGGUGAUGAGACUUUGAGAAAGCUCGAGGAACUUCCUACCCGUCGUGAGGGGAUCUUUGUAAUGCCUAUGGAGCGCAUCACAAUUCAUUCAUCCUACUAUUAUGAUACCGAGUUGGAGAGCUGCCAAAAGGAAAGGGGUAUCUUGAAGCGAAGGCUUGCUGCAUCUGCUGUCGAAAUUGAACGACAGCGAAUGAAAUGCUUCCCUUGAACGUCUAAACAACAGGUGGAUCGGAAAAGGAAAUGGCCAAGACCUUGCUAUUGAAUAAAGUCAGAGACAGCAUUACAGGUACCAAUUCUGGUAGAAAUUUGUUGACCAGAAAAGUGUUGUAUACUUUGCACCUAGCUGGUUCGAAAAGAAUGAAAGAAAAUGUAUCUUGACCUGAAUUCCUUUGGUUUUGCUUUUAAUUGAUCUUGUGCCGAGAGCAUGGCGUUGUGAGAAAUAAUAAUUGUUGUUGACCUA